AUGGAUUCAAAACAGCCCCAAUACUUGCCUCUGGCAAACACAGUCAGCAAGCCAUUUGUCAUCCCAAACAUUUCGCCAAUUUCCCCAGAUUUCAAACCCACUGAACAGAGUUCAGUGAUGUCGCCCGUGGCGAGUCUGAAUACCGAACUUCCGGGAUUGAGAAGAACGAGCGAGUCUUCGCUAGAGGCGUUUGAACUUCACUGA